AUGAAGCUUCUUCAUAUCAUCCCAAUCCUCAAGGCAGUUGCCAUUUUGGCAUUGCCACAUAUCGAAAACCGUCAGGAUACUGGUCCCAAAGAGGCCUUGCCAAACGAGAAGUCUCCCACUCUACCUUCAGCUUUUGGCUCGACCGAUAUCAGCAGCACCUGGAUCAACUGCGACCAAGCCACCCCAACAAUUGGAUGCUUCCCGUUCCCCACAUCGAGCUACAAGACGCCCACCCUCAGCGUGACGGCUAUCCUUGCCAACAACACGGAGAACGAGGGCCGAGAUAUCGUCAACAACUAUCGCCUCGGCUCGACAUCAUCCACCAAGUACAGCUUUUGCCAGGCUGAGGUGGUGACCUCGUACCAGACCUUCAGUGAAGGAGUGCCCACGCCAACAACUGUAGCUGUGGCUAUCACGCAGUGUACCCAGACAGCCAAUACCCGUUCCGUCACAUCGUUCCCGUCCAGCACUCUUCUUCCGUCUACGCCAGUGGUCUGUCGGACUUAUAUCACAACGCUGACCGACAAGAUCAGCGAUGGCACUACCACUACAUACUUGAACACGCUGACAUCUACCAUGACCAGUUGCGGUCUGGCCAAAGCGACCAAGACAACUGAAACAUCCUACAUUCCCAUGACCAUCCCAAUCACCUUGGACAACAGCGUCUGCUUCAUGUCGACCGUCACAUCUACCGGGCUCUUCACGGCAGGGUCCGACAUCACCAUCACUAUGUUUACAGCCCACAAGCCCACCACCACGUGCAGGCCAAUCGGAUGGGAGACACAUUCAUCAUGGAUGACCGAUAACACCGUCACAGCAACCACGUCGGCCAUACCGUCGUCGACCGAGAAGACAAAAAACACUGCGCUUGCCCAAGAGGAAGGAAAGUGGUUCAUCUCACGGCGAUGA